CGACCCUCGCCUUCGCCAACUCUCGUCUUGUCGUCUUUCACUGAGAUUGCGAAGCCUUGCUCAACUUUGCAAUGUCUGCACCACCACCACUGCAGGAGCGCGGCGCGGCGAGAUAUGCGUAUCAAACGCGUUUCAUACCAAGCACGUAUACAUAGUCAGUCAGGCCCGGCUACAUCAUGAUCGUUCCCAACGACCGCUGGCCAUUUAUCCAGACUUUACAACAUGCGCUUUCAUCCCAUUCACCUUUUAUCAUUCAUUGCCUCGUCAGUCCUUGCACAUCAUCCCGAAGAAUGCCCAUCCAAUGCCACACAACACAUUCAAUACCCGACAUGCCUUGGCCUACCGGGGGUCUAUCUCGUCAAAGCAAGCGAAGGAAAGGGCUUGGGCGUUUUCGCUACGCAUGAUAUGGAUAUAGGCGAUAUCGUUAUGCGCGAGACGCCUGUCAUCAAGAUUCGUUUGCCAAAGCUCGCCAAGGGGAGCCCAUAUCCCAUGGCAGCCGUCGCUUUGCUACUCCAAGAGCAAUUUGACAACCUAUCGCUAGAGUCACAGGAGGAGGUCCUUUCUUUGACACAUGAGUCAAAUGCUGUAGACAGCAAAGCUCAAGAUACUCUAGGCACCAUCUUUCGCAACAAUGCCUAUAACACUGGCGAUCAAGUCGGCCUAUUCCCCAAGAUCGCUCGCAUCAACCACUCGUGCCGACCGAAUACGAGCUACUACUGGAGCGGGAAGCUGAACAAGCGCAUCGUCUACGCCACACGCAGCAUCAAGGCAGGAGAAGAGUUCUUCGUGUCUUACAUCUCACUGUUGCUCAGUCGGGAAGAUCGCCAAAAGCAGCUCGAUCGAUAUGGCUUCAAGUGCGGUUGUGAAGCAUGCGCACACGAGCGAGCCGCUCAGAUAGCUAGCGAUAACCGCCGUGCCACCAUCAAGAAUGCCUUCUCGAAGUUCGAACCGCAACUUGUGCUGGCAGCUCCACAGUCCAAGGCUGGGAAGCGUCAGGCACAAAAGGACGCUGAGGUGAGCGUACAACUCGCUCAGCUAGUAGAGGAGGAAGGACUUGCCGACUACUAUGCCAAAGCUUACAGAAUUGCCGCUAUAAGCCAUGCCAGAGUUGAAAAUUGGGCGACCGCUGCGAGGUGGGCGAAUCGAGCCUAUGAGAUACGUUACAUGGAAGACCCGGAGUCAAAGAGCACGUUAGAGUUGCACCACCUCACAAGCAGCUUUAUCUCAAACUGGGAAACUGAGUUGCGAAGUCGUGCUUCAACAUGAGAUUCUGCAAGCGGCUUUGACACUCGCGUCGCAGUGCCCUGCAUAUCAUGCGGAGGAUUGGCCGUUCCAGACCUGCGGUUCGCACAUGCGGCCCUGUUCACCCGGU